UACACUUAUAAUAGGUACUCUUUGAUAGUUUGAUUAUCAUAGCUAUAUAUCUGUCACAUAAGUUGUUUAUUUUAAGUUGAUUUUACUCAUAGUAUUAGUAGUAGUUUGGUAGUAGUACAAUAAUGAAUUUUUAGUAUUUGCUAUAUCCAGUGGAACACAAGCACAAGGCAUAAUACAGUUGUUCUUUUGUAAUUAUAACAUCUGUACGUUCGUUCGUUUGGAAAGUGUAUCCAUAAACCAACAACGUUGUGUGUUUCAAAAUAAAAAUAAAAAGAAAAGAAAAUUUAUCAUACCAUAAAAGUAAACAUUUUUAAACGCAAGUUCUUCUGAAGUCUGAACUUACUGCAUAAUGUCUGAAAAUACUGAGAAAGUUGAUUGUUCCUGUGACGCGCGGCGUAGAAUAUUAAACAUUGCUGUUUCGACGGUGCUUUUAGAGACUGGCUUUAGUGCUACUGAUAAAAUGUCUUUAGAAACACUCACAGAAGCCAUUCAAUGUUUUUUGACAGAAGUUGGUAAUUCAGCUAAAGGUUAUUGUGAACUUUCUGGGAGAGUAGAACCAGUUAUUGGCGAUGUCAUGGUGGCUCUUAUUAAUAUGGGUAUAAACCUUCAAGGUAUCGAGCAAUAUGCUGCGAGACCCAAUAGACAUGUAAUACAGCCUCCACAACAAGCUCCGGUACCGAGGACACCGGCCAUGUUAUCUGCUGGGUCAAAAGCUAAACCUGCAGCACACAUACCAUCACAUUUACCGCAGCUACCAGAUCCUCAUGCUUAUAUAAGAACACCAACACAUAAACAACCAGUAACAGAGUAUGAAGCAAUAAGAGAAAAAGCUGCCAACCAGAAAAGAGAUAUUGAAAGGGCAUUAACAAAAUUCUUAGCAAAAACCAGCGAAACACACAAUUUAUUCAAUACAGAUGAUAAUCAAGUGUUCCCCUUAAUAGCAUGUAAGCCAACAUUUCCUGCAUACUUGCCAUGUCUAUUGCCAACAGAUCAAGUAUUUGAUUUCGAUGAAUUAGAAUAUCAUUUCCAAGUUGCUAACAGAACAGAAGAUAUGCCGGCUGACAAAAAAGACCAAUCUGAUAAUGAGGGUGAGAAUGGAGGUGACAACGAAAACGCAAAUAAUUCACAGUCAGAAAAUCAAGAUGCACCUACUAUGUCAAGUCCUGAAAGAAAUAAAUCUGGAAGUUAGGAAUUAAAUAUUUAUUUUUACUGUAAAUAAACAUUGUAAUUUUAAAAUAAAUCUUUAUAAUAAUAA